UUUGCUUACACCAGGUUGCUGCCGUACUUUCAAUUCUCCGGGGAGAGGGAGGAAGGGGAAAAAAAAUAAAAAUAAAAAUGAAUUCACGAUAAUUUCAUUUGUCCAAGAUUCCUCUUUAGGGAAAAUAAAAAAAGAUGUAUUCCUCUAGUCACCCACUAAAGACGCUCCUUUCACUCUACUUGAUCUUUUAUUCCUUCAAGUUAAGUUAAUUGAAAGAUGGUCAGAUCAUUAUUACUCUAAAUAUCUUUUAGCUUGUCGUGACACCUUGAUAAUUGGGUCCUAUACGACGAAUUACCAAUGACGAACCAAGAGCGUAGCUACCUUAUUCGUUGGCCAUCCAUAUGCUCCAUCUUUCAUGAAAUGGACUAUCAGACUCACUCUUUUGUUCCUUCUCCUCCUCUCUUGGUCAUCUCAAUAAAAUCAUUUCUGAUCUUUUUUACAUGUUCUUAUCCCGAUUACAUAUAUCUGUAUCUACUCCUAACUUUUGUUUUUAUCUUUUUGUCUACAAAGGCCUUUUUUUUUUCUUCUUGAACUAAUUAGGGCAAACCAGCUUCUAUAACUUUAUACUAAAAUUUAAUUUUAAUUGUAUCAAAGAUCAUGAUAUUAUGUAAUUAUCUCGAAUUUAGAACAAGUCAUAUUACCCAAAUUAAAAAAAGUCUAGAAUAAUUCAGGAUUUGGGUAAAAAUUCCGUCUAAAAGUAUCCCAAGGAUACAAACUUAACUAUUUAUAACAAUGACCAAAAGAAAAAAUAUUAUUUUUCAUAUCUGAUUCUAGGAACAGAAAAAAAAAAAAAA